CCCUCAUUGAAGUUUGAACCUCGAGCUCGGGUCCUCGCUUUUCUUGUUCUUCUGCCCAUCAUACUGCUCACAGAGCUUUGCUCGUGGCCAUGAGCGCCGCCAAUCUAAGGGCUGUCCUGGACUUGCUCAAGAGUGAUCAUGUGAAGAAGCGGCAGGAAGGCCUCUCCUCACUAUACACCAUGUUCGCGCGCGAGUCUGCGAUCCUCAGGGUCGACGAGCAAGGCGACGGGAAGGCGUGGACUAUCAUAUACCAAGCUCUUUUCAACGCUAUGGUCAAAGAGAAGGAUGCCUACGCCAAGAAAGGCGACGCGUCAAGUGCUGCCGUCAAACGCAGGCUGACCGACGCCGCCUCCGCCGUCCGUUGGCUGAUCGAGCGCAGUGUUACGCGCAUGAACGGCAAGGUGGUGAACCCUGUUUUAGCCCAUUUGACGAAGUUCAUCAUCUACAGAGGCGAGUUGUUCACUCCAGUCGCAUUGCAGUACGUCAAGGCCAUCCGAUGCAUCUUGAGCUAUACCCCUCACCUGGAACAUCUGGUCGAGACGUCUUGGAUAGCCUUACUCGAGAUGUCUCUGAAUGUGGUUCUCGAGGACCGCGUUAGGAAGAAACUGGACGAGAAGGACGACGCCUUCGCUGACGACAGGGAAGACAGCCUGCCACUAGGCUCAGGCAUGGACGACUCUGGGGAGGAUAGCACGCCGUCCGUUCUAGGGCCGAGUUCCACUAGGAAAAGGAAGCUUCCUGCUACCACACAGGCGCGGCGAACACCAUUCUCCGGAAGUCCUGCUCCAACCUCUCACUCGGUCACUCAGGAGCAGGUGGAAUUCAUGUCCUUACUCGUCUUGCUGCUCCAUUCAUCCUCGACCCCACUGCUCUCGACCGAACACCGUUAUCUCCCCGCGGCCCUAUUCCAAAAGCUUGCCCGCAUCCUGCAGAAGUAUCCGGGGGAUUCUUCCCUACACCACGAUUACUUGCUCGCGCUCUCCGCCGCGCUCUCCCACGUCGCGUUGAAUGAUUAUGCUACCGUAACUAGAUUCGCGCGUGAAGCUUGGGACGGCCUUCUCCACAUGUGGGGGACGAAGAAUCAACGCACCAAGCAAGAUCUAGUCAUAGUACUCCAGACGCUGUUUCCGUACUACACAGCUGAGCCUAUUGACCCAACGAUCAUCAACAAUGUCGACUACACCAUUGGGGUUGCGAAACUCUGGCAGCUGCUGAGCGGCGAGGCGGACAGUCGCUGGGGGGUGGACGGAUUAGGAUUAGAUCGGUUGCGUCUGGAGGUGCGAAAGCCAGGAGAGGACGAUGACUCCCCAGGGUCGUUCGUAGGAUCGACGUUCCGGUAUGGGUGGCAGUUCGAUUCGGGCCAGGCAUUGACUUGGACGAUACUCGCGUUGCAAGCGGAAUGCACGGCCAAGUUAUACAGACUCACAGAGUCGGUUCAUUCGAUGGAGCCGAGUGGCAGCCGGAGUGCUGGGAAACGCGUCAAGUUGGAGAAUCCUGUCAAGUCGCUACUGGACCUGAUCAAUCACACCUCUUCCCCCAGCAUACGCUCGUAUCAUCUACAGGGCUUGCUCUUCUUCGUCGACAGGCAUUGGCCGAUCCUGUAUGACGAAUUGCAACAACAAGUCAUCUCCGUCCUCAUGCAGUUCGUGUCAUUCGACGACGGGUCUGUCCAGUCAUGGACUUUCCUUUGUCUUGCCGCUAUAGCUCACAGCGUCGGUGCAUCCCCGGACGCAACCACUGCCCCGGACGAGCAAUUAGGACUGUCAAGCUCAGCGACCUGGGAUGCCAUCUGUGCGCAUGCUAUGCGUCGCGCGACUGUAGCAUCGGUCUCUCGCGCUGCCUGCCAUGCUGCGUCCGUUUGCUUGCUACAUUCGAAGGUGCUGCUGACAUCGCAGCGCCUUAUCGCCGAACUCGAGGCGCUGGGCAAAGACCUCGACGUCCAGGGACCCGUGUUCCCGUAUGACUCGGUCUGCGCCUUCCUGGACCUCGCCCUCCGCAUAGCGAGUCAAGAUGUCCGACUGUAUCGGAUGCAGUUGGAGGAGAAGGUGUUGACCUGGUUCAUUGACACCUGGAGAGUAGGCAGCACGCCGAAGACAAGGUUGCCGGCCCACACGGUCGCCGACCUGUUGACGCUCCUAGAAAGCAUAUGCUCGUUGUCCACGAGGAGUAACCUUAUAUGCGGGAUGCCUCUGUCCGACUCUCCCAUCGUUCGGGCUACCAACGACCAUUCCUACACGGCUGUCAUACGGGACUUUUCAUUACAGGCCCAUCUGCCUCGAGGACGCCGCUACGAAGGAACUGCUGAAGGCGAUUCACCCGUUAGCCAGAACGCCGACGAUAGUAGCCUAGAACUCGAUGAUCUUGCUCCACCCCGCGGUCGCGAGAGGCGUAUCUCGGCCUUCCUCAUAAAGGUCACAGAGGAACUCUGCGGUGUCUGGGAGUCGAGCAGGGAGGUAUCUGGCUUCAUGACGGCAGAGAGGGUGCGAUCGUACCUCGACGUGUCGUUCCUGGCCCUUUCCUACGAAGCCAUCCUAUUCGUCAACGGCAUGCAUUCAACGAGGCGUGUCAUACAAGCCGCUUGUCGACUCAUCCAGACUGUUCUCCCACAACUUUCCGAGAAACGCUGGACCUCGGAGGAGCGCUCGCUCAUGCUAGGCAGUCUGCAACCUCUUAUACUUGCUCAGCAAGAAUCGGUACGGGAACCUUGGGAGACAUUGACCUCCCCUGGACCGUACACCGGAGUGAGACGACAAGUCCUCAAAGCACUUGGUAGGAGGUCAGGGAGUCAUGACCGCCAAAUGAGCGUGCGCCGUCAAGUUCAGCGCGUGAUCUUCCGCUCUGCUGAUGUGCAGGAUGCAUUCACGACUCUCAUGGGCAACCUCAAGUCGACUCUCCGACUGGCGUCUGGUGCUUCCGCGAGUCACGAUUUUGAUGGUCGGGCUAUGGACGUAGACGUCGAGGACGAUUUCGGGCAGCCGAGGACAGCGCAAGAUGUGGGUGCCGCUGCGGACUUCUCGCGGAAUGGUACCGCAUUCAUGGGUGCUAGCGGCGUCGAGAUAUGCAUGGAUGCGCUUGCUGUGAUACCGGUUUUGCAGUCUACGUCUGGCCAGCCCACGCGUGACAAGGACUUGGCCAACCUCGUCUUAGAGUCCGACGACUCUCGCUUCCUGGACAUGGCUUCCGUCUAUUUCAAUAUAAUCAAAUCCGGGAUGAUGAGCAUUAGUACUUCGAGCAUGGAGCAAUUCUUGGAGAGAUUCGGCGAACUAUGGCCCCAGUAUGACUACGGACGAAACGAUCGCCUGCAACAUCUAUCGCUACACUUCCUGCAUUCCACUAUGACACAUUGGCUAGACCACGCGACUCCCGUCAGCAUCUGCGACGCUAUUCGGGAACUAUGGACUCGUCUAGCUGCGAAGCUACUAUGCGGCAAGAUGACUUCGUGGAAGACCCGAGAUGCCUUCAUUAGCCUCCUCGAUGCAAGUCUCCUUCAUGACCCACGAGAACAGUUCUGGUUGGACGCCGAAGACAAUGAUCCUGGGUACAUGUCUGAUGCUGGCCAAGAUGCAAGCGAAAAUGUUGGAGCGACAUCCCUGCUUCCAGCGUCCAUUCUACCUAGGCUCGGAGCUGACGUCGACAUCCGGGUACGCUUCCGCGCCUCUGCUGCCGUGGCACGCAUGUUCGCUCGAGCUUGCAAGCUCAGACGGGAUCCGACAAGGCUAUAUACGGCCAUGCGACCCUAUCUGACCAGGGAUCACACAGAAUAUGAGAAGAUGAUGACUCGCAUACUCUGCCUAGCAAACAUCAUGAUCGUCAGUUCUGCGGUCAGGCGGGGGGCUUACUGGCACUUGCUGGAAGGAUGUCUGUUCGCUCCGAUGUACGCAAGUCAUAUGGAGGCUGCGUUGACGGGCGUGUCGGAGAGGCUUGGUCUCUCAGGCCUGGCGGAGCUCUUUCAGCAUUAUGCCUCCCAAGUUGCCGCGUCGGUUUGCCAGGGACGCGAGGACUUCCUUAGCUUCCCGCCACGCGUGCUUGGGUACCAAGAGAGAAGACAGUGCGCUGAAAGAGUGUUCCACGCCUUUGCACCGGCCAAUAUCCUCAACGAAGAGCGUGAACAUGGAUACAGUCUCUUCCGGAAUCAUUGUGGGGCCGUUCACAAACCGCCAUCCGAGGGACUCGAGGAGUGUUUCCCGGAGAUUGUUGGAUAUGAGAUCGUCAUUGCCAUCGCAAUCAGCUUGGACGCCAACGGUAUCCUCCCGGAUGACCUACCAUCACAGCUACGGCGUACGAUGCGGGAUCUUGGACGAGAGACCUUUGAUCUCUGCCUUCGUCAGACGGCCGAUGCUGUUGCAGCUACCAUCAUUCGCUCGCUAGGCGACCAAAACGUUUCGACCGAUGGGCCAAUCUUUACCGGACUUCGACAAGCUGGUUUCAACGAGGAUAGCACCCGCGUCCUCGAACAGCUCUUUCAAAACAGGCAUGACAGUGAAUUCCAGUUCCACGAGCCGAAUAUCCCGUUCUUUCCUACCCAAGUUGUCUUGAAGGCGUUGCAGUGGUUUAUUUCCUGGGUUCCCGAAGUGGAGUCGCCUGCCAUCACUUAUCAUGUGCUGCAUCAGCUCUUUGCGGAAAUGGAACGCUGUCCUUUCGUCAACGAGCAGAUGCGACUGCUCAACGGCAUCUGCGUUUGGAUCACCAUCCGUCGUCAGCAUUUCGAGGAUCCCACAUUGCUUCGUACGCUCAUGAACAUGACCUCGACCAUCCUUUCACAGGCGGACAUGGCCCGCGCCGCGAAAUCGAUUCUGGAAUGGUGCUUUGACGUUUAUCGGCGAGCCACAGAGCGCAUCAGUCGCCUCCCUGACCUUAUUGCUCAGGUUGGCUCGAUCGCCCAAGACUACCAGCAAGUAUCGCAUGACGAGUCAUCCAUGACGCUGGGUCAAGACCUCGUUCGCUGGAUAGAGUCUACGAUGCAAGGCCUUGCCGAACGUAACGUACUACGAGCACAGGUCGUCCGUGCCUUGGCUUCAUGGCCCUUUGACACAUCCCCCACGCUGAUCGAGCAUCGAGACAGUCUCAACCUUUACGAGAUAUCUCGAAUCCUCAGUGAUCCUCCCGUUACCGCAAACAAGUUUCAGUUGGCGCGCAGAAUACGCGAUCUCACGAUAGGCCACCAAGAUACCGCAGGGCACUUCAAGGAUACAGAUUUCUGGACACUCAAACAGUGCAUACCGUCCUCUGAUAAACUCCGCGACGAAGAUAUCGACGCAUUCGUCGCGCUUCUCAUACACAGCGGUGGAAACAUACGCAGUCCGGAGCAUGCGGACAAACAGGUGAUCAUCCAAACGAUCCGCCAAAGGCAUCGCCGCCUGUCAUCUUCACAGGAACAGACGACCACGCGUGAUGCUGCACGACGGGCCAUUAUUCUUUCCCUGCUCGAGAUGCUCGACGCCGCAUCCGCCGUACAGAUCAACGCUGCCUAUCGCACUCUUCGCUCUGUGAUGUCCGUUUAUCCUCUCGAUGUUGGCGCCUCGCAAACAUGGUGUCGGGAAUACGCUGGAGAUCUCGUGCAUCUCAAUGCCCAUCCGGUCUCUGUACCCAGCAGAGAUUGCGACGAGCUUCUUCAACUGCUUGCCAGUACCCACCUAGUGCAAGCAUCCAAAGGCUUCCCUGCGUGGAUUGUCAACUUGACAAUGUCCCUAUGCGGCGCUCUAAUAGCUCAAGAUCGUUUCUAUGCGGCCCUGGCGCCGAUGCUGCAGUUUAGCGUAACGUUUGCCGAGGAUAUUAUGCCCAUAUUGGUACACGCCGUGUUGUGUUCGGAACGUUCGACCCUUGGCCCGAAUGGUGGAGAGUCUCGCCGGACCGCUCUAUCAGAUCACUUCGACGCAGUGCUGAACUACGAAGAUGUGGAUGUCCGGUGCCUGCGUGCCAUCAUUGAUGCUGUCUUGCACCUGCGUCACUUCCAUCCUCCCGGCACCAGGGACGCGUUGGCUUACGAUAUCUGGCUGCGCAACGACUGGAGACUCCUCAGCAAGAUGUCUGUCAAAUGCGGGGCAUACACGACCGCACUCCUGUUCCUCGAAUUAGCUGCAGAGAACGAAGCGGGGGACACGCCGGGGGGCGAUACGGCUGAAGACACCCUUUUCGACAUCUACAGUCGCAUCGACGAGCCGGACGGAUUCUACGGCAUUCAAACCAGCAAUCUGACCAACUUCUUGCUCAAAAGGCUCCAUCACGAGAAACAAUGGGAUACUGCGUUCCGCUACCACGGAGCAGCGUUGACAGCCCGUCCAUCUGACCCGAUACAUGGCCAAGGCAUCGUUCAGUCUUUGCAUGCUUUCGGAUUUGAUCGUCUGGCAAUGACCGCGCUGGGCUCAGUGUCGUCUCUGUCGGACGCAGGUACUCAGUCCCCAAGUGCUAUGAUGUACGAACUGGGAUGGCGCACGGGUACAUGGGAUCUUCCCGAAUGCCAUGCUGGCCAGUACCCUGGAGCAUCGCUGUAUGUAUCCUUGCGAGCAUCCUAUCGUGAAAGGGACUCCAGUCGCAUGGACGCCGUAGUUCGGGGAUCGCUCUGCCAAGAGCUAUCGCAGCUUCACUAUCAAGGAAAUGAGAACCUAACCGCGAUACGCCAGACGAUUCAGAAUCUGAUGAGUCUUCACCAAAUCAGGUGGUGGAGGAACGGGAUCCUUCCGCCGUUAAAUCCACCAGGGAAUGGCCAGUCUUACGAUGAUCCAUGGAACUCAUUCAGCAAGGUCGAUGGCAUAGAGAAUUUCGACGAUGCAGAGUCUAUCAUGGCCACUCGCAUUUCCCUGAUACGCGCCCGGCGACAGAAGGAAGAGCGUGACCAGAUUGGAGAUCUUCUCUCUCCUUUGUGCCGAAGGCUGACAGAAUUGGAGAGGGAGUGCCUUCUUCGCCUGUCUCGAGCAGCAAGAGACGCUCAAAGGCCUCAGGCAGCGCUCAAUGCCAUAACCCAGGCUCAAGCUCUUGGAGGGGAGGGGCUACCCGAUGUCUCACAGGAAUUUGCGAAUGUCCUAUGGCUCAUGAAGGAGCCGAGGCUAGCAGCUUCUGCACUCAAGGAUACGAUAAACAUGAGUUUGUCAAAGGGUGCUGCUGAGGAUAAGCCGAGGAUUGCUGAGCUUCUAGCUCGUUUGGGUACCUGGUCGGCAAAGGCGUCCCUCGACAAGCCGGAUCAGAUCAUCGAACAACAUUUUCAUCCUGCGAUACAAUUGCUGUCAGACGCGACGGUCGAAUCUCAUCCCGCUGAAUACGCUUCCGUCUUCCACCAAUACGCCCUUUUCGCGGAUCAUCAGUACCACGCUAUCACCACGUCUCCGGACGCCUUACGGUGGAGGAUCUACAUGGAUCGUAAAGCUGAGGAGAUCAGACUACGUCAGGACAGACUGCAAAGAGUUUCGGCGAAUCCAGAAGAACGGAAAGAGCACGACCGCGCUCUUAACAAGGCCAGGCAAGAGCUAAAGCAUGAUCAAGCACGCUUCAAGGAACACAUGGACGCUCGCGAUCGCUUCCUUACGUUGGCAACGACGAGUUACUCUGAGUGUCUCGCGCAUUGCGACAUGUACGACAAUGAAUCGAUCAUCCGCCUCUGUUCGUUGUGGCUCGCCAACUUCGACAGAACGGACACCGACGUCAACUUCAAAGUCGCAUUGGACCGUGUACCCUCUCGCAAGUUCGUCUUUCUCGCCCAUCAACUGGCUGCUAGGCUCUCCAAACCUACUUCGCCGCGUGCCGCCACAGACAAUCAAGCCGUUCUUCAUACGGUACUAACGCGAAUGUGUCGGGAGCACCCGUUCCAUAGCUUGUAUCAGGUGCUUUGCUUGAUAUCGGACCAGGGCUCUGCUAGCGCCGCAUCAAGUAGACGGCAGUCCGGCAGGCUCGAGACUGCUUCCUCACAGGCAGAACGAGCCGCGGCCGCUGGUGCCCUCAUUGAUCAAUUGAAGGUCGACGGGCAGAUGCAAGGGUGCCUUCAAGACGUCGAACAGCUCUUCAAGGCAUCCUUGCAGUGGGCUAAAUGGAAGCCGAAGAGAGACAUAAGAGGGGGGACCCUUCCUAUCCCGGAUGACUUCCUCGUCAAGAAGAUUCGGAACCUGCGCGUCCCAGUCAUCACUUCUCACACACCGGUUGAUCCAUCUUGCCAGUACAGUGAUUGCGUCUGGAUCAGUCACUUCGAUUCCACAUUCACGACUGCCGGCGGGCUCAAUUUGCCCAAGAUUACAGUCUGUAUGGGCGUGGAUGGGCAAAGGUACAAACAACUGUACAAGGGCGGCGAUGAUCUCAGACAAGACGCUGUAAUGGAGCAGGUGUUUGAACUCGUCAACAUCAUUCUCCGCCGGGAUCGUGAAACACGAAGACGCAGCCUUUCGGUCCGAGGUUAUAGAAUUAUUCCAUUGGCCUCGCAAGCCGGUGUAUUGGAAUUUGUCAAAGACACUACUCCGUUAGCAACAUGGUUGCCCGAUGCGCACCAACGGUAUAGACCAGGCGAUCUACGGUCCAACGACGUCUUGAGGCAGUACAAAGAGAAGCAAGCAAUCUGUAAGAACGAUCGUGCGCAGAUGCUGGAGUUCUUCCUCGGACUGCGUCGACGAUACAGACCAGUCAUGCGCCACUACUUCACGGAGAGACACAAGGAGCCUCUCGCAUGGUUCACAAUGCGUCUCAAGUACUCGCGCAGCGUGGCGACGAACUCUAUCGUCGGGCAUAUUCUAGGGCUUGGAGACAGGCAUACCUCCAACAUACUCAUGGACAAUGCUACCGGAGAGAUGGUCCAUAUUGAUCUUGGUAUCGCUUUCGAUCAGGGCAAACUGUUGCCUGUACCGGAGCGUGUUCCUUUUCGUCUGACAGCCGACGUCGUGGAUGGUCUGGGCACGUCGGGCACUCAAGGGGUAUUCCAGAGAUGUGCAGAAGAAACGCUGCGCGUUCUACGGGACGAGUCUGAAGUCGUCUUGACAGUUUUGGAGGUCUUCAAGUAUGAUCCUCUACACUCCUGGGCGGCGAGCGAGGUGAAGUUGAAGCGAGUGCAAGGGUCGAGCAAUGAUCCAACGUUCACGGGAGAGGCCGUGCGCUGGAUGAUCGGUAUCGACAUGGCUAGCGGUACCGCCGACGAAGCCGCCGAUCGCGCCUUGACUGCAGUGAAGAGCAAGUUGGACAAGACGCUGUCGAUCGAAUACACUGUCAAUGAGUUGGUCGCUGAAGCCGCAGACGUAGGCAACCUUGCGCAGAUGUAUUUUGGCUGGAGUCCCCAUCUCUGAAGACCACGUCCUCAUGUCAUCGCAUUCCCAUCUGCUCUUUGCAUAUCUCAUGGACACUGUAGCAUAGACAUACCCCAAUCUCGCACCCCCGUGAUGUAUCCUGCGUUUCUCCGACGCAUUGACCCGCG